GCGCCAGCAAAAAUAGUCCUGAGUCACGAGGCGUCCUCAACAGCACCCUGCUGCAUUCAGCGCGUCUCCCGUUCCCCUGCAGCCCGGCCCGCCCCACACACCGGCUACAAGCCCCGCAUCUCUCCAUCGUAGUUUCGAGCCCAAAUCAAACCAAACAAGUCGGAUAAGAGUGCGCCAUCGUAAAAAAAAUCUAAUCGGACGACGGUCGAUUCCAGGUGGAGACAUCAGCCGGCCAUUAUGGGCAUCGACAGCCAGGACCCGCUGCCCCCCACGGGGAACCUCAACCAUGGGCAGGUGGAGUCCUACCACAAGAUGGAGCCAAAGACCCUGGGGGCGGUCCAGAUCAUCAUCGGAGCUCUGAUCCUGUGUCUGAGCGCCUCGGUGCUCCAGAUCCACGAGGUCCACUUCACCGAAGACGUGUUCCUGUUCCUGAUCGUGGUCAUCCAGGUGACCCUGUCCGGCUCAGUCCUGGUCCACAGUGGAAGGAAGCCUUCUCUCUUCUGGAUCAAAUGCUCACUGGUCCUGCACCUGAUCAGCGCUGCGUUCGCCACAGCCGCCCUGGGCCUGAUGUCCAAGCACUUGCCCUACCGCCAGGACUCGUACCACUGCGAGCACUGCCGGCGCCUGGAGCAGCACGCUGUGCAACAUUGUUUCAGGAAAUGCACUGGGCUAAUCGAGCAAAAGUGUAAACUGCUGAUCGAUGGGAUCCUGGGCACGCUGGUGAUCUUCCUGGUGCUGGAGCUCCUCAUCUGCAUCACAGCCAUGCUGUUCGGGCUCAGCGUGCUGUCGGCUGGAGGCAGCCAGUCCGCCGGUCAGAGGCCCGUCUAUCCACACAGCCAGCCCCCUGCGGCCCCUGUGCACAUCACACAGGCCCCUGCAGCCCCCACCUCGCUGCCGGUGGUAGCCGCGGCCCCCCACAGUGGCCCCCAGCAGGUGGCGGUGGUGGUGACGGAGCCGGAGUCGGAGCAGGUGGAGGAUGACCUCAGCACGCCCCUCACUGAACCCCAGGUGGUGCCCAUCGAGAUACUCAGUGCUGACGAGGAGCCGUGAAUCCAGCCUGCUUUCUCUCUUCAUGUUGGGGGGGUGGGGGGGAUAUAACACCAUGGGUCACUGUCAGAUUUAUGUCAACCUAUUCAUGAAUUACUACCGACUCCACAGGGUAUAUAGCUCUUAGAGUGGGCCCUCAUUAAGAAGAAAAGGGAAUUUGGAAAAAUGAUUUGAAUCAAAUUAUGCCGGACUGCUGAUUCCUUGUUUAUUAUUCAAAUAUUUUUGACAAUGUUAAAAAAAAUAAUUUGGUUGUUGUCGUUGUUCUUUGUAACAUUAUUUCCGACAUCCUCUGUGAGUAGGACAGGGCUGUUUAGAAGUAAAUAUUUCAAGAAGUACUGAUUUUAUCAGGCGUUGAUCUAACCCUGUCAAGGGGGCUGGAAUCAGACACUCACAUGUAUGUGGUUCCAUUUCAUGUCAGCAAAGUGGAAGUCAAAGCCAAGCCGUCUGCUGGUAGGAUAUCUUUCCACUUACGACUAUUCUGUUGGAAUUUGUAGAUGGGGGAACCAUUUUUCUGUCUUAAUACCUGCAGAGUGCCUGCUGUGGGAUUUAUCCAUUUUAAUUUAUGUUAUUUUAAAACAGCAUUUCACAUAAUCAGUAUUCAAUUAGUGAAUAAGUGAUUUAUAGAUGUUUUAUGAAUGACCAUUUUGGGAUCUAGGAAUGUGGGAUCAAUUCCGUCACACGUAAGCCUUGUUUGGCGAAUCAUUGGAAUAAAAACAGAAAAGUAGCUUAAUUCAACUAUAAUGAAAUUGGAAAGUGUUCCCCACACCUGUGACACGCUAGUAGCAUAUGACUGAAAACAGUAUCAACGACUGUUUUCCCUACCCAAACUUUACAACGGUGCUACCUGAUGUUUUACACAUUGUACAACCUAGGGUACACAUGUUGCUCUGUACUAAGUGUGUACUCACACAUAUAUCGCACUGCUGUGGUUCAUGUUGUAUGCUAGUGUUGCUAGGUAAAUAUUUAUACCUUCUUGUAUCUGCUAUUUUGGAGCUCCCUGUUUAACGUCAGAUGCAGACGCAGUCACAGCAGUUGUUAGGCUAAGCAUGUAAGAUGUGCUGGAGAACCCUGUCUUCAUUGGAACACAACCGUCCUCAUCGUCCACAGAACACGAGGUUCCACGUAUCAAGCCCUUUUCAGAGUAAUGCUCACCUGAGGAACCAUUUACAACUCAUUUUGUGUCCCUGGAUACGUGAUCAUGCAUUUCUGAUUUCAUUUCAUUUUGAUUUCAUUAUGUUCAUCAGUGUUAUUAUGUUGCAUGGUGCUAAACAUUUCUAGCAAAACUGAGAGAGAUUCAAACACUUCCAUUGGGCAUAUUUAUUUUCCAUUCCUGCACAGAUCAAAUCAUUUGGACAUGUUUUUAGAUCAAUGUUUUAUAUACCAAUGUUCCAUGUAUUGUUUUGUUUGUAGUUUGUUUUAUUGAUUUCACAACUGUUGGACACCUUCACUUAUAAGACUUAUAUACGUGAGAUUAUCUCUCACUAAUAAAUUAAUCUCAAAAGGAAA